AUGAAGCAGCGACUCUGUGUCUUACAGUGCUGUGCCGUGGUCCUGAUGAUCCUGCUACUCAACGUUCAUUGCGCAGUCGAGAUGAACGUCCUCUUCGUCGGAAAUUCUUAUGUGAACAACAAUAACCUUCCCGAAAUUUUAAAUCAAGUGCUGGUGGAUGCUCUACCAAAAUCGAACGAGAUAUCGGUGCGUUCUUAUGCACCCAACGGACAAACUUUUUUGGAACACGUACAGGACGUCGACGGUACCAGAGGCAACACAGAGCUCAGUCAAUGGCUCCGAACCGACCCCGAACCUUGGGAUUGGGUCAUUCUCCAAGAACAGAGUCAGACUCCAGGGUUUCAGGGAUUCAGCAGCGAAUUUACGGACAGCACGGAUAGCGCCAUUCGGCUGGACAACUACAUUGAAGCAACAGGGGGCGAAACGGUGUUCUUGAUGACGUGGGGUCGACGAGAAGGCGAUGAAAGGCUACCGUCUUUCUACCCUGACUUUACCACGAUGCAAAAUUUGCUUACUGCAGGUUAUGACACUUACAUGGACAUUACCAGCACAGCAAAACGGCCCACAAGGGUUGCUCCUGUCGGAAUCGCCUUCCAAAUUGUUCAUGAUAGAAUUUUAAGGGAUGGAGGUGACCCUUUGGCAUCUGGGAGUGAUUUUUCCAGGCUAUACCGCAACGAUGGCAGCCAUCCAAGUGUAGAGGGUAGUUACUUGGCCGCUUGUGUCCUGUAUGCAACAUUGACCAAUCGUGACCCUCGACAGUUAAAGUAUGCACCUGAUGCAGUAAGUCAACAAAGGCGAAUGGAGAUCCAAGAAGUAGCAUUUGACGCAAUACGAAUACGUGGGGAUACUAUAGUGUCCAACGCGGCACCACCCGAGGCCAAUCCUACAUCAAGUCCCACAAGCGAUCCUACGCGAAAACCGACUCCGAGUCCAACCCAAGUAUUCGUUCCUCCUCCAACACCGCGGCCAACUUUUGCGAUUUCGGCACAACCGAUCAGCGUACCGUCUUCUUCCCCAACAACAGCCGAGCCGUCGGAAUUUCCUACUGGAGAACCCACUGUUAGCCUGCCAUCGAGCGACUCGCCCACGGUGUUCCCCUCGGACAUUCCAUCUCUCGUUCCUUCUAUUGACCCCUCACCUACUCCUACCGUGACGCCUUCGACCGCUCCAUCCAUUUCCAGGGCGCCCAGUCAAAGCCCAACACUCAAUCCAAGCGCCAUGCCUUCCGUGUCCUUCAGUCCAUCUGUUUCCAAUUUUCCUUCUUCCGCGUCCCCUUCGACUGACGAGGGUUCCUUCGGGAAUAGUUCCGCCGGCACCCGCGGACUGAAAGCAUCAUCCACGCAGUUAACGUUGGUGUAUGGGCUACUGCCUCAUUUAAUGGUUUUCUUUUUUCUUUACUUUUAAAUCGGGUCGUCACGGGGCAUUCCGCCGGGUAGUUUGCGCGACGUGCAAUGCAAUAAGACUUUUAGAAAACGAUUUAGUUCUCGGUAAUAAUACGAUACAGGCGUUCAUCUAGGUUCGAUGUGGAGACCACGCAUUCCUCACAGCCACUUGGUAGCACUGGAAUGCGUGUGUAUGUACUCUAUUGGGAUACGGUCCGGUCCGGUCCGCGGUCAACUGUACUGGGAGCUUGCCGCGGCACGCAUCAUGUUUGUCCCUAUCAAGCAUGAGUCAACUUUAUGAGUUGUACCGUGCUUGCCAAAGACGAAGGCGGUCCCGGGUGGCCUCCAUCGUGGGCAGUUCGACGAGCGUGUUAUUGGCCGAUCCGCCCCUCCGGGACGGAAAGUAGGCACGGAGGAUUUCGUCCCACUCGUCGUUGGUCGGAUCCGCUUCUCCUACCGCGGACGGAGCGUUCUUUGCCGCAACUUGCUCGGCGAGCGUGGUCAGGAGAUUUCCGACAAGAGCUUCGUGCACAGCGGGUUCGCCGUGGAACGGCACGGGGUGGAGCAAGUAGGAUUGGAGUUCCGCCAGGGUACGGUCGUAUCCCAAUUCGGACGGACGAGGUCGCACGCGAUCCGGGCGGUGUGGAGUGGGGGCGACGCCCGCGUUGACGUCAGUACCACUGUUGGUCAAACUUUUGCCGUGGGGAUCGGAAGGACUGUCCGUUGUGGAAGUGGUGGUGGGGGACGUCUGGAUGGACGCUGCCGCCCGGAGAAUGAUGGUACGCAAGCGUGUGAGAAUGUGCACGUCCGAAUCGUCCUUACACAACGAUUUGUCCGUCACGGACGGUUCCAGGUAGAGUCGCAAGAGGAGUUCCGGCGACGGAUACCAGCACAAACAAGCGGGUGUGUGAGAAGAGCCGUCGUUAGCGACAACAGCGGCAUCGACGCAGACAGUUUCGUCCGGGGAUCCCUCGAAUACGGACGGCCCGACGCGGUACACCCAGUCGUCAAUUUGGAGCCACAGCGAGAGAUCCGACGUGGCGAAGCGUACGUUCACGGCAGCGGGAUCCGCGGCGUGACCAAAAAAGGCUGGUCCCAGAGAAGGACGACCGGGAGAAUGCGCGAGGGGUUCCACCGACAUGACCAACGAUCGCGACGUCGUGCGGUCCCCCAGCGUAAACACGGUGGUGUCGGCGGGGAAUGUGGUCGUCCAUGUGGGUCGUAACGUGUGCGGCAAAGCUGCCAACCAGAAACUGGAGCGGUCCAUAGACAGCGGUGAUCCGUUACACCGGUUAUCAGGAAUAGAGGAAGG